AUGACAGACAGAAUUUCGGACAAAUUGAAGGCGAUUUCGCAGAAAGUAGUCGGGUCGCACGCCGGAAGGAAUGAGGACGAAAGCGGGCACGUAGACCCUACGCCGUUCCCUGGGGGUCAGGGACAGAAAAAGAAGGGUCACGUGGUGGCUCCGGACUACGAAGAUGAGGACAGUGUGGACCCACUGGCCGCGGGGCAGCCGCCUGCGGCGGCUGCGCCACGGCCUGCGCGCAAGAACAAGAACUUCGUCUCUCCCGGGGCGAGUGACAGCGCGGAUGCGCUCAAGGACGCGAAACCCAGGACCAAAUCGUUCUUGGAAACGGACAACAUCGACAGUCUGACGCCCAAGGCGCGCACGCACCGGGUGUCGUCGCUGUCGCUGAGCGAUCAAUGGCGUGCGUCGCAGGAUUUGCACCCGUUGACAACCGUCGAGAGUGGGGCUACCGGCGCGUCCGGCGCCGCUGGAGCUGCCAACGAUGUCGGCAGCGUUUCCUCUACCCGCUCGUCCCGUAGAUCCUCGGCCGUGCCUCGUGUUCGCAAGAGUCUGAUGGACCACGAGAGAAUCGCCUCCUACGCGUUUGCAUUCGAUAUUGACGGUGUCAUCUUACGUGGACCCGACAUCAUCCCCGAGGCCCGUCUGGCGCUGCGCAUGCUGAACGGCCACAACAAGUACAAUAUCCGCGUUCCUUACAUCUUUAUCACGAAUGGAGGUGGCAGGUCUGAAAAGGCCCGUUGCAAAGACCUGUCGCAGAAACUGGGCAUCACCGUGACCGAGGACCAGGUCAUUCAGGGUCACACGCCCAUGAAGGAUUUGGUGAACGUGUACACCAACGUUUUAGUCGUAGGAGGUGUCGGUGACACUUGCCGUAAAGUCGCCCAGGGCUACGGGUUCAAGAACGUUUACAUUCCACUCGAUAUCAUGAAAUGGAAACCCAGCGUCACUCCUUACUACACGCUCUCCGAAGAAGAAAAGGCAGUUUGUGUCGACGCGGAUUUCUCGCGGAUCAGUAUCGAUGCCAUCUUGGUGUUUGCAGACUCCAGAAACUGGGCCGCAGACCAACAGAUCAUUUUAGAAUUGUUACUCUCCAAGAACGGUGUCAUGGGCACUGUGUCCGAGACCGCAGAAGAAGGUCCGGGCCUUUACUUUGCGCACUCCGAUUUUGUCUGGGCAACCGACUACGGGCUGUCGCGGUACGGUAUGGGUGCUUUGCAAGUGUCCAUUGCUGCAUUAUACCAAGAACAUACGGGCAAAGAAUUACAAGUCACCAGAUUCGGUAAGCCUCAGCGGGGUACUUUCCGGUUUGCAGAGAAGGUGCUGUCCAACUGGAGAAGAGAAACCCUCACGGAGCACGUCGAGCAAUUGAACUUGGAGGACGAGCCCGUAGAGUCUGUCGCUUCCGAAACCGAAUCUGAAGAAGACGACGAUGCUAGCAAUAGCCAACCCUUGGAGAAAGACACCAAACUCACAUUGGAACUACCACCGGCGUCAACUGUUUAUUUCGUUGGUGACACUCCGGAAUCUGAUAUUAGGUUUGCCAAUUCUCACGAUUCGUCCUGGUAUUCGAUUUUGGUGAAGACCGGUGUGUACCAGGGGAAGACGGCACCCAAAUACACUCCAAAGAAAAUCUGCGAAGACGUUUUAGACGCAGUCAAGUUCGCCAUCGAGAGGGAGCACCAUAAGGAAUUGGAAGAAUGGAAUGCAGGUGCCAUUGAAGCGCCUGUCGUGGAAGAAACCAAGUACAGACGUAAUUCCCAAAAAGUGAACCCUUGA